AUGGCCUCCUUCACCACUAUACCAGCUGCACUCUGGCCAGCUCCCAGCCGCUAUGGCUAUAAAUACCCCUUUCCCACCUAUUCUCCGUCUAAUACUGUCCUUAUUUCGACUCAAACACCACUCCAAAAAUCUCCCUCUGAUCUUCCGUUGUGCUUUCUUCUAUUUAGUAGUGUCGUAGUUCCUUCGUACGCUCGGCGAAUUUUAUUAGCUAUAUAUCGUCGGACGCCUAAUACCGGCAACCACGAAAUCACGAGCGAAUCCUCUUGUACUUCUCCUAUCGAUACCGACAAUAAUAGACCGUUCGAGCCCGAUUCCUCUGAGACUGAUCUCACCGAGCUAGAGCGCUCCCCUCCAGCGGGUCGAACAAUUGCUCGGAAGAAGCUAAGCCUAAAGACUGGAACAAAAUCGUUACCAACAGUCCUAUCGAAUAUAGAACAAAUUGAAACUUCGACUGAAAGAGCGUUGGGCUUAAAGUACUUCCGAAUUUACUACCAGCGAGUUACUAAAACCGAGAUAAGUAAAGAGAUAGGCGAGGCCGUUCGCACAGGUAUAAGAUACUUAGUGGAUAAGCGCGGUCUGGAUAUACAACCGCGCGCAAAUAUCCCAGAUCCGUACAGAGGACCUCCUAAGCCGAUAAUCGAACUCGAGCCCCAGUUUGUGAAAAGCGUCCUGGGUAUAUCGAAGCUCAAUACGUUUACGCUACCUAAAAUUAUCUACGGUGUAUCACUUAUCUUCAGCCCGUAUAUCCUACUCUUUAUUAUAUUAUUUUAUAUCUACGCCUUUGAAGCGCCUCACUUAAUAUCGAUAGAAGACCUUCGGAGACUACUUAUCGAGGGUGGUCGACAGGAAAUACUACUUCCCUUAAAGAAAGAGAUAGAUAAUUACUAUAUCUUCCUAAAGGUCGAGGUGAUCUGUAGCCAGCCCCAAGCACACUCGACGCACAGCUCAGGAUAUCCAGUGAGAUACACGGCUUCCUUAAUUAUUUUUUCUCUCACUAAUUCCGAUACGGAGGAGGUGAUUUACUCGAUAAGAGUGCCUACACCACUAGUAGAACGUUUAUUAAAUAUUAUUGUCCCCGUCGACAAAGAGUUCUUAAAGGCUGUGACCCGGAUAAGUCGUUGGAUUAAUCGGCGACGACCACGAUACCUAAGCGACACUGAUCGGGAAUCAGUAGAGAAAGACCUAGAACUGCAAUCAGCUAUAUACUACGUUAAGUCCACAAUCUACACCGGUGUCUAUAAGACAAACAGCGGAAAGAAAUACACCGCGAUUUUAGUCGGAAAUAGGCGUAGGGCUGUUAGUGAUAAGCCUGCGCGCGAGGUAUUACGGAAGGAGUUUAAAAUACCAUCGGAGCAGAUUCUUCUCACACGGCGUAACAAAGCUGUUACGGCUGGAAUACAAUAUUGCAGCUUUCAGGAAGGUAGGCCCCUUAAGGGACAACGGAAGCGCUCUACCCCGUCCGACAAUAAGGAUAUCGUUCCCUCUCCGCUAGCUCGAAAGGAGAAGGGAUAUACCUCUGGCGGGAAAUAUAUCCCGAAUACAGAGUAA